UUCACAUUUUUGGAAUGCGAAGUUAAGAAAAUGGGCUUUAGAAAAUAAUAUUAAAACUGGAUUACAAACUUUUUGUGAAACCCGAUGGUAUUCACUUUCAAAAGUUUGUCUUUCAGUUCAAACCUAUGAAAAUGGGUUUCAAACUUGCCUUGAAUAUAAUAAUAAUUUUCCUAAUGAAUGCCCUUCUCUCCCAACUAAAAUCAAAGAAAUAAUUACAAGUCGUCGCCAUUUUUUUGAAAAUGAAUAA